CACCAAAUAAUGGUACACUAUUGUCGCAGACACGUUGAUGACUUAAUUAUUCACUUAUUGGCGUUGGCGUAUUUUGUAUUGAUUACUUCAGACACUGUCACUAGCUGACAUACUUUUAACUUAAAUCCAUUCGAUGGUAAUUUGUUCAGAGUAAGUAUGUUUAUAAAAUGUUAUCGACAGAUGCGUGAGCUUAGUGCUGCUUAGUAAACCUGUUUGGUGUAAAAUUAAAAUUAUUGAUUAUUAUUUUAAUGUUUUUAUGCUUUUGAAUUGCCUAACACUACUAAUAAAUAUAAUUAUAAAUUUACUUCAAAUCCAACAAAUCCAUUUUUGUGUGCUUUAAUAUAAAUUAUUUUCUAGAGUUAAGAAUUUUAGUGAUUUAACUCCUAAAAUUUACUUACCUUCGCCUUCAAAUAUUAGCCUAAAUCUGUCUAAAAGGUGAAAUUAAAUCAUUUGUCUUGUGUAAAGUACUAGUAGUAAGUAAGUACUAGUAGUAGUAGUAACGGUAAUCUACCACUUCAGAGGAAUUUAUGAAAAAUUAUUUUGUUCCAUGAUGUCCGUACAGUAUUUGUCCGUACUUUCCUCUCGUCGCUAGGCUUGUCCGUACUUUUUGCAGUGACGACUUGCUUGUCUUAUUUCCAUUUGUCUUAAUCUAUUUCUCCGCAAAGGCAAGUGCAGUGAAUAGUUUCAGCUCCAUUUGACAGUCCAAAGAUAGCAUAUUUAUAUCUUCAAUGCUGUAAAUGUAAAAAUAUCACGAAAUGUUGUCAAGUAGGAAUUAUCAUCAUAAUCAUAAUGAUACCAUUUCUUUUCACAAAUGAUCUAGCUAAAUAUUGCUUCAAUAGAACUCAGUAGUAUCAGUAUUACUGUUUUUACUGUUGUUUGUUCGCUGCGGAGGAAAUGGUGCCACUUAAUAUAAAAAUAUAGAAAAAGUGCCCCCGGGGCGGAUCAGUAAAAAAAAAAACCCCCCCCCCCCCCCCCCCUUCUGAAAAUGUGGGAUUUGAUAUUUUAAUGCACCAUUAAGAAACUACCUAAAGAAGAUUUUAGCGCCCUCUGUGACUGCCCUCUUUGCCACAUUCUCACAGCACCCAGAGUGAUGCGCCAUUUAUUAUUGGGACCACCGGUCUGGCCAAACUGUCGGCGGUAUAAACCAGCAACACAUUUAUUUUUUUUCUUGUGACAUCAAAAUUAUCUAUAAAAUUAUUUGAUUUUUCUUGUUGUUUUGUAUGGGGAUGGGGGCUAAAAGCUUCUUGUAUGAACAAGUUUGGGGGGAGGGGGGGCUUUUCAAAAAAAAAAUUUAAGCACAAUACCCCCCGGCUGUUAUGGUUCUGGUGCCUAUGAACCCUUGUGUUUUUACUUGACAUCUAAAAAAUCUGGUAUGCUUAGUAUAGUGUAGAGGGUCACUGGGUUUUCGGUGGCAUAGACAGAAAGAGUGGGCGCUGUUUGCUCGUUGAAUUGCCAGAAUGGCAUGCGAUCAUGUUACAGGAUGCACAGAGAGAUAUAUCCUUCAAAGCUCACUUAUCAUAUCAGACAGAUGGGCGGCUUAUACAAACAUAAACCAUUUCAGACACAGAAUCUUCACACUACGUUAUUGUUCAACAAAAUUUUGUCAACCCAACUGACGCUGAUGUGCACAAACAUAUGUGGAUGCAUGCAAACUGAAAAGACGGUUUGGCACAAGCCGCAAUAUUUUCCGUUCAAAUUUGCAUGGUUUCAUGUCCCACAAUUAUUUUCCUAGAGAUGAUCUAAAGUCAAACUUUUUUUUUUUUAUAUACAUUAAAUCAGGCCUGCACAACUCAAAAUGUAAAGCCGGCCGUAAUACUUUUUGAAAAACCAGUGCGGGCCAAAAGAAAAUAGGACAGGACUUGUGCGGGCCAAAAGAAAUUAGGAUGGUGGGAAAGCUAUUAAGAAAAUAAUAAGAAUACAAAGUAUUUCGUUACUUUGCGGGCCGCAAAGUGGGUGCUGGCGGGCCGCAUGUGGCCCGCGGGCUGUAUGAUGUGCAGGCCUGCAUUAAAUGGUUUAUAUUUUUUAUUUGAAUAAUUAUUAAAUUCUCAACAUUUUUAUAAUUUAAAAAUUUUGUCCUUUAGAUAUGUGCUGAAAUUAAUAUGUAAAAUGUCAUAAAAAACAUUUCCACUUAUUUGGAUCAAUAAAAGAAUUUUAUCUUAUCAAUAAAAUAUAGCACUUCUAACGGGAGCAAUAUGAUAUUUUCAUAAAUGACGCUCAUGUGGUAUAUUACCAUAGUAGUAUCAGUUUUAUAUUAAAAUGUUUGCAAAAGGGUGUGAUGUAACAUCAAAAAGAUUUUUUUAGUUUUAUAACAGCAUUUUUCAUCAAAUCGUUCUUUAAGUGAAGGAUGUUUAGUUAAUAUCAUUACAGGCAUUACACUAAAAAAACAAAAAAUUGAUUAUUGAUUAAUUUUUUCUACCAGCUGAAGCUUGCCUGAGAAAACAUGUUAGAAGAUGCACAUCCAUUGUUGCAGACUUUACUGGGAACACUGUUUACAUGGGGUAUGACAGCUGCGGGUGCUGCCCUUGUUUUUAUCUUCCGGGGUGCUCAGGUAAUACAUAUGAUUAUGAUAUAUGCAAGGCACGAUAAUUAAAUUAUACUAGGCCUACUUAAUAUCUGAAAUUAUACAAACUUAACGUAUUUGUACUUUUAUAGAUAUAAAUUAUAAUAUUCAUUGCAAUUUUCACCAGAAAUUCUAUUGUGCAUUAUGUACAAAAAUUGAAGCCCUUUAAAAAGAAGUAACAUUCAACCCACUAAUCCAAGAAUAAGAUAUUGUAAAAGUCAGCUACUGUUUCUCUUACAUUUCAGGAAAUGUUUUUUAAAUUUUAUGGAACUUCCCUCUCAAAAUGUGUUAAUUGAGAUUAUGAUCUUGUGGGCUGCCUCUAUACUUAUGCAUAGAUAUGAAUAUAUUUGCAAAUUUAUGAUAAAUGAGCUGAAAAUAUUGAUCCUGGGAAUUGUUUUGUGUUAAUGCAUUGAUAAGAAGGAAUCAUAGUAGUUCAUGAUAAAUCAAACAAAGGUCUAUUUAGCAGCUACAGAAUGACCCAGAAUAGACAGAUUUAAUGCGCUUCAGUUUUUUUAUUAACACGUUGGCAAAAUUUCAUGUUGUAACUAUGAUAACAGUAUAUAAUUUAUUUGAAAUUCUAAAUGACUAAAUGAAAAAAAAAUGAACAUAUCUAUUAACAUAAAAAUUGGAGGGAUUCAAAGUCACCAAAAGGCUUUUUUUUGUUGCUAUUAAACUUAAAGCUCAUGCUAUUGCAAUAAAAGUACAUGUCUCAUGUUUAAAUAUGAAGGUGUUAUAUAACAGCAUCAAGUUGUAUAUUUAUUAGAUACAUAUACAUUUUCUUCCAUUGAGCGUGAAGUUAAUUUUGUGACUGUAUGAAUCAACAUUUUUUUGCUAGAGUCUUUUUCCUCAGAAUAUCCAAUAAUUUUUGGUGUGUUCUUAAAUUUCAGAGAAAAAUAUUAGAUGGAAGCUUAGGCUUUGCAGCUGGGGUACGUUGUAAUCAUGUUUUAUUAUUUUACUUGUACUAUAACUUUAAAAGUUAGCUUUGUUUAUUUGCAUAGCUGAUGUUAAUCCAGUAGUAAAGGAUGAGAGAGUUGCAAUUUUUUGUUUUAUCUCAUUCUACAAUAUGCCAUCUGUUUAUUUUUUAGGUCAUGACAGCAGCAUCCUACUGGUCAUUAUUGUCUCCUGCUAUAGAGAUGGCAGAAAAGUCUGGUGUCUAUGGAAGUGAGGGCCAGUUGGCAUUCAUCCCCAUAGCAGUUGGCUUUGCCUUGGGUGCUCUAUUCGUCUUUUCAGCGGACUUUUUUAUCCCUCAUUGUGUAGGUUUUAUUUUAAAAGAAUUCUUUAUCUUACUCAGAGAAUUGCAGUUGUAUCCUAAAAAUAACAUUAAUUAGAGGCAGCGGUUCUUUCUCUAUAGCAUUGUUAUAAAUGUUGGAAUAGUAUGGAAAUGCCGCCAUGGAAUAUUUUUGGAUGAUAGAAUAAAUGAAUCAGAUGCAUUUUCUGAAGCAUUAAAACAAAUUUUUAAAAAUUGAGUGUCACAUAAUAAUUUUUUUUAAUGUAUCAUUAUUAAGAAACAUAUCACCAAAUUACUUUUCAAUUAUUAGAAUGUAUUCAUAAAGUAAGGUUACGGUAAAGUAUUAUAUGGCUAAUAAAAACAAUAAUUCCUUUUUCUUUGCAAUUUUUCUUUGCUAAUGAAGUCCCAUAAUACCAGAGUUAAAUUAGUUAAUGAAUAAUGAAUUUUGUUUAAUUUCACUAAAGGGAGAUCUUAUACGUCCUGACAGUGACAGUUCAUUUGCAUUAACAUUAAAUGAAAGCCAGAAGCACGGUGACACUUUCAAUACUGUCCUACUCACUGUUGAUGACAGUUCCAAUCCAAAACUCCGUACUUCUCAAGAGCAUACUUUAAAAAGGCGGCAACUGGGAUCUUCAUAUUUAGACAAUUCCUCACGAUCCACGAGCCAGGUCUCAGUGAGUGCUCCAGCUCGUUUAGAGACCGGUAUUAACAAAGCGAUUAACUGGAGAAGAAUGAUGUUAUUGAUAAUUGCCAUUACUAUACACAAUAUACCAGGUAGGAAUAUUUUGCACCUUUAAGAAAAAGUGAUGAUGUAUUUAUUAGUAGCAGUGAUUUAUAUUUAUAUUGCUUUAAUGGCCAGACUUUAAUACUUUAAUUUUCAUAAAUCUUAAUGGUAUUCUUCUUUUAAAUAAAAAGCUAAAUGUUUUAGUGUUCAGUAAAGCACACAUGAAAUGUGAAUAAAUGCAAAUUUUUCUGAAAAUUAAAUUGAAUUUGAACUUAGGAACAAUCAUGCAAGUAAUGUGUCCCUAUGCCAUAUGAAUAAAUAGCAAAAAGGUUUUUGAAAAACUCUGAUAGAAUAUCAGUUUGAAAUAAAGACUCACAAUUAUGAUUUAGUGAUUUAGUUAUUUCUUUCCAGAGGGCCUUGCUGUUGGUGUUGGAUUUGGAGCUAUAGGUAAAGCUAGCUCAGCCACAAUAGAAAAGGCAAGGUAAGGAAUUGCUUGGUAAAAGUAAUUACAUUAGCCUUUUAAAUAACAAUAACAAGGAGCAAAAAGUCUGAAGAAUGUUAUUAAAUAGAGUAAAAGUGUUUGAAUUAAAUCUGGAAAAGACCAUGCCGUAAUAAAUUGAUGUGUUGUCAAGAGUUUAUAGAAAAUGAUAUACAAGAGUUUUUCUAUAAUCUAACAGUAAGUGUAACACUAAUUAUGUUUUUCAGAUGUCAUCCAAUUUUUGCUCUGUUUUGAUUUCUCAGAAACCUUGCAUUUGGUAUAGGCAUUCAGAAUUUUCCAGAGGGUUUAGCUGUAAGUCUUCCUCUCCGAGCUUCAGGGAUGUCAACUCUAAAAAGUUUCUGGUAAUAAAUAAUAACAUGGAUUACAAUUUUAUUUAGAGAGCAUUCAUACUUCUUUUAUAGUUGAUAGCUUAAUUUGUCAUACUAUAUAAAACAUUUUAGGUGUAAUAAAUAAGAUUAUAUCAUGAACAACUUAAAUAAAGACCAAAACCUUGUUUUUAUUAAACGUGGAGAAAUCAAUGUUAAAAACAUAUUUACUGUUUGUUAUUAAGAUUUAUGCACACCAAUGUAUUACAGGUAUGGUCAGUUAAGUGGAAUGGUGGAGCCUAUAGCUGGGCUAUUAGGUGCAGUGGCUGUUACCUAUGCAGAGCCUCUUCUACCUUAUGCUCUAGCAUUUGCGGCAGGUGCCAUGAUAUUUGUUGUGUUUGAUGAUAUCAUACCCGAAUCUCAGACCUCGUAAGUGAAGUAUAUUAUUUAGAAUUUAACUGAUUUUGGAUAAGGACUGGCAGCCCUUUGGCCAUCAGUGUCAAAUUUAAGUUUUAUAUAUAUAGUGUUUAAAUUGUAGCAGAACACAAUACAUUGACAAAAUGUGUAAUUACUUUCUAUUUGAAUAAAAAAGCUAGGACAGUUACACUAUAAUAGUUUUGCUCAACAGAGCCGAAAGCUGCCUUGGCUGAGGCAGAUGCUGUAAAUCUUUAACAUACUUUCCAUUUACCUAGGUUAAAAUUUUUACAUUUUAAAUGUUUCAGUAAUUUCAAUAAAGUUUUUAAUAAAUAGAAGCGGAAAUUAGUUUUUGUUAAUUGACUAUUUCACAGUGUAAUGUUAUUAAUAUGAAAAUAAAAUUAUAUAAUCUCAGUGCUCAAACAAUUCUAAGAAGAUUUUAUUAAUCUCAAUAGGCCUGCGAAAUAAUUUAAAUUAUACGGGGAAAGUUUUUAAAAUGGUUAAUGCUUAUUUUUAAGAAGGAUACUUUUAAGUGAAGCAUUAUUUUAUAUUUUUACAUUUAGGAAAAGACCUUAAAUUUAAAAAAAAUUUCUUUCACUUGCCAAAGACAUUUUAUGAUUAAAUCAACUUUACCAAAUUCUCUUUCAGUGGAAAUGGCAAGCUAGCAUCAUGUGGAGCUAUUAUUGGCUUUAUAGUAAUGAUGUCUUUAGAUGUAGGAUUGGGUUAAAUUAAUGUUAGCCGAAUCAAAAGAUGUUAUCAUUUUAUAAAUGUUAGAAUUAUGUGCAUGAAAUGAAGCAUUUAUGUGUUGUUUUACAGUCAGUCCAUGUGAUUAUAUAUAAUAAGUUUGUCACUGCUGUGCCCCU